GCUGUGUAGUAUUUGUUUAGACGUUAAAGUGUACGGAGCGCAAUAAGCUUUGCGGAUCAACAGGUGGUGUUAGUUCAUUAAAUCCCCCAGCACCGGCCAUAUUAUUUCAAAUUAGUAAUUUGUUUGUGCUCGCGCAAAAGAUUUUGCCCUACGUGCAUUUUUGAAGCCAACAUUAAGCUCACAAUCGGCGCAAAGUCAAUUAAAAAAGCACUGCCGGAAGUUACUUACAAAAUAGUAAUUCGCGUCCAAAAAUUGAAGCACAGAGAAAAGCAGGAAAAUGCCGCAAAAAUUUGAAUACUCACUGGGCGUGCACGAGCUGAAGUCGAAAGAACAUCGCCUUUGGCAGGCACUCGUCGCGGAAUUUCUAGGCAACUUCCUAUUGAAUUUCUUUGCAUGCGGCGCAUGUACACAGCCAGAGGAUGGCACAUUUAAGGCGUUGGCUUUUGGUUUGGCGGUAUUCAUAGCGAUCACGGUUAUCGGCAACAUUAGCGGUGGUCACGUAAAUCCCGCCGUCACAAUUGGCUUAUUGGUGGCGGGACGUGUGUCUGUUCUGCGUGCCGUAUUUUACAUAAUAUUCCAAUGUUUGGGUUCCAUUGCCGGCACAGCCGCCAUUCGUACACUCAUCGAUGAGCUUUACUACAAUGGCUUAGGUCACACACAUCUUGCGCCCAACAUUACCGAACUGCAGGGUCUCGGUAUAGAAUUCUUUUUAGGUCUAGUCUUGGUGCUAACUGUUUUUGGCGCUUGUGAUGCAAAUAAACCAGACUCCCGUUUCACCGCGCCACUCGCUAUUGGCCUGUCAGUCACACUGGGUCACUUGGGCACCAUUCGUUACACUGGCGCCAGCAUGAAUCCGGCACGCACACUGGGCACUGCUUUUGCUGUCGACAAUUGGGAUGCACACUGGGUAUUCUGGGCUGGUCCCAUUUUGGGUGGCAUCGCGGCUGCGCUCAUCUACACACAAGUGCUGGAGAAGCCGCUCGUGCACACCUCCGUUAAGGUGAUUGAGGUGUCCGAGAAAUAUCGGACACACGCCGAUGAGCGUGAGGUGAGCUCUGUUAAAGCCUGGAAAAACUCAGAUUUCUACUAAACAGAAAAAACCAAAAACAAAACGAAAAACAAAUCAAAAACUAAAAAAAAGAAAACAAAAAACAAAAAACAAAAAAAAAACAGAAAUCAAAAAACAAAAACAAAAAACUUAAAACUUAAAACGAAAACAAAUGCAAAGCGAAUGAAUUCCGAGUGUUUGAUUGCGCAAAUCGAAAGUGUAAAGUUGAGUAGAGGAAAUUUUGUAAUACCUAACUCGAAUUUAGUGCAGUUGCACAGUGCAUAUUGGAUGUUGAUAUGUAUGUGUGCGUGUUGUAAUGCAACAAAUUUGAAAUGGCGAUCUGAGCAAUCGAGCGCUGGAAUUCUGUAAAAAUUAAAAAAAAUUAAAAAUGCCAAAAAAACAAAAAAAUGCAAAAAAAGCCAAAUUUCUAUAUAUGAAAACGCACUCGCUGAUGCUCUUGCACCCGCACCAAAACUCAAUGCUAUACAUACUCAUACAACAUACUUAAAUACAAUUACAACAAUAACAAAAAAGAUCGUUUAAUACCACCUUAAAUACAUACACAUUUGUAAAUAUGUACACGCACACAUACACACCCACACACCACCUGCUUAUUGCCUGCUUAUCCCAUUUGCUUAAUUCUCUAAUCUUAUUUAUUUAUAUCAUAGAUUUUUGUCUAUUAAAACGUGUCUCACCUUUCUUAAAAUACAGAUGAGAAAACUGGAUAGCGCACGUGAUUACGCUUAAAUACAAAUACAAAACAAAUUUAAAGUUUAAUAAAGUAAAAAAAAAACUAAAAAAAAAAAA